GUGCGCGAUGAAAGGUACCCAGGUCUCUGCUCUGCUUACCACGUUCUCAGUUUUCCUGAAUCGGUGACUGAAUUUGCUUCAGUCCUCUCAGAGUUUGAGACGCAGAAAGUGUCCCACGACUGACUUAAGAGAAUUUCAGGAGCUUCCCAGGAACUUUCAAGAAAUGUGGGGGCUCGCGUGUGAGGGGAGGAACAGACGCUCCCGGGGACCCCUGUGGACUGGAUUCUAAGCCCGGCACCGGCGAAAACCUGGAUCAAGGAUCGCUGGGCCUGGGCGCGCGAGGAGUUAUGCCCCCUUCCCCAAGGGGGACUCCUUUCCGAGUCUUCGCCCCAGCUCGGGCAGGGUGCAAACUGAAAGUGGAAAACCGCGGGGCUGCCGGCCGCCGAGCGAGCCUCCUACCCCGAGACAAGAGAGAGGGAGAGAACACACACGGGGGAGGUAGACUGCGCUCAGUGUGGAGCCCAACACAGGGCUUGGUCUCACAACCCUGAGAUGGUGACCUGAGCCGAAACCAAGAGUCAGAAGCUUAACCAACCAAGCCACUCAGGUUCCCCAAUCAUGAAUUUUUUGAUGCCUUCUGGUUUGAAGAAUCUCCAGCUGCUCUGUUGAUAGAUUAAGAAGACUGCAUACUGUUCCCGCUCGAUGCCAAGCCAGGACCUUGCAGAACCUGGGAUCUCAGUCCUUCAUGGAAACCAGAUCCCAGCAGGAAUGACAGUGGAAGAAAUUUGUACCCAGAUGGUUCCUCCACGUGAAGUUGUCUUGGGCUGUGGGGCGACUCGAGAACACCUGGUAGUGGUUGAACUGGGAAAAUUUGAAAGGAAGAAGUUUAAAAAUUCCGAUUUACCAGAUGGACAGGCAAAGAUGGAAGAGGAGUCUGCACAUCUCUAUCCACUGCCUAGGAAAGAAGCACUGACCUUGAAUAGGAAAACCCAACUGGAAACUGAUAGCUACCCCAUCAUGCUCUGGUGGUCCCCACUGACCGGGGAGACUGGAAGGCUCGGCCAAUGCGGGACAGAUGCGUGUUUCUUCACCAUCAACCGGACCUUCCUACAUCAUCCCAUGACCAAAGCAUUCCUCUUCUAUGGCACUGACUUUAAUAUAGAUAGCUUACCUUUGCCUCGGAAAGCCCAUCACGACUGGGCCCUUUUUCACGAAGAGUCUCCAAAAAACAAUUAUAAGCUCUUCCACAAGCCAGUCAUCACCUUGUUCAACUACACUGCCACAUUCAGCCGCCAUUCCCACUUGCCCCUGACCACCCAGUACUUGGAGGGCGUAGAAGUCCUGAAGUCACUCCGAUACCUGGUCCCUUUGAGGUCCAAAAACAACCUUCGAAGAAGACUUGCUCCACUAGUGUACGUCCAGUCAGACUGUGACCCGCCGUCAGACAGGGACAGCUAUGUUCGAGAGCUGAUGACUUACAUCGAGGUCGAUUCCUAUGGUGAGUGUUUACGAAACAAAGAUCUCCCUCAGCAGCUGAAAAAUCCAGCCUCUAUGGAUGCCGAAGGCUUUUAUAGGAUCAUCGCACAGUAUAAGUUUAUCCUUGCCUUCGAGAACGCAGUGUGUGACGACUACAUCACUGAGAAGUUCUGGAGACCUCUGAAACUGGGGGUGGUCCCUGUGUAUUAUGGGUCCCCCAGCAUUGCAGACUGGCUCCCGAGUAAUAGAAGUGCUAUUCUCGUAUCAGAAUUUGCUCACCCUAGAGAACUAGCAAGUUACAUCAGACAACUGGAUCAUGAUGACAGACUAUACGAGGCUUACAUAGAAUGGAAGCUGAAGGGUGAGGUGUCCAAUCGGCGACUCCUCGCAGCGCUCAGGGAACGGAAAUGGGGAGUGCAAGAUGUCAACCAGGACAACUACAUCGAUGCAUUUGAGUGUAUGGUGUGCAGCAAGGUGUGGGAUAAUAUCCGGCUUCUGGAAAAGGGUUUACCACCCAAAAGAUGGAAGGCUGACGUGACACACCUGAGUUGCCCAGAACCUGCGGUGUUUGCUUUCUCACCUCUGGCUCCACGUUGGAGCUCUUUGCGGGACAUGUGGAUACCAAGCUUUGAGCAAUCCAAGAAAGAAGCCCAGGCACUAAGGUGGCUGGUUGAUAGGAAUAAAAAUUUUUCAGCUCAAGAGUUUUGGGCCCUGGUAUUCAAGGACUAAUUUCUACAAGUGUCAGAAUGAUAUAGACUAGAGCUCUCUUGAGGUUUAUUUUCUAGGUUGCCUUAAUAUAUGAAUAUCAUAGCUACUUUGUUGACUAUCCUUUAGGAUAAGGAGUACUUGCUGCAGUACUCAUGAUGAGCCCUUGCACAUAAUGGAUGUGAAUUGCCCUUAGGGGUCACCUCUAUAUUUUUUAUACUAAAAAAGUAAAUAUUUCUUAUGGUCACCUUCCAUUUACAUGUCUGGACCGAUGUACCUGUCGCCUUUUGUGGAAAUUUGGCUAAUGUGAAUUGAGUGCUCCCCUCCCUGCAAGGGAGGCAGAGGGCGGAGCUGUGGAUUCUUGAUACUCACCUCACAGUCUGCAGUUUAUUAGUAUUUGGCAAGCCCAGUGUCCUGAUGCUGAGCAUGAACGUGAAAUGCAUUAGAACUUGGCAAUGAGAGAUUCCAUCUGUUGGUUUCCAGGGAUGUAAGUGAGUAAUAAAAGCUGUGUGAAUUUUAUCCGCUUUUUCUCUUCAAGUUAGAAGAACGUAUGCCUGUCUGCCUUCUUAUUCUUACUACCUCUCUUUCUUCUUUUCAUCUUGCCCUGCUUCCUCCCCCAUUUUUCCCCCCUGAAGUGGAAUGUCUUCUGAAGAUAAGCCUCCUCCUUGUGUGUUUUGAACAGUGAGAUGUUCUCCAUGGUCCCUUAUCCUGCAGAACAGAGUAAUAAUCAUGUGAUCCCGGCCGGACACCCUGUACCCUCCGAUCAAUGUGAGAGUGGAAGUGAAUGGCCCCCAGGAACUCUGGUUGUGUUGUGUAGGAUGAUGUACAGCCUGUAAUAGUGGGCAGUCCACUCUGGUGGGUGAGCAUUCCUUGUCAUUUCUGAUCCUGUCACAGAGAAGUUUUGGCUGUCCUGUCGGGAGCAUCCACUGGAGCUCCUUGAAAGACAAGGAGACAACACUGGCUCGCAUUUUCUUCCCAUGGGGGGGUGGGGAGGCUUUUAGAGGAUCCUAAAGCCUGUUGUUACCGGACAUAUCCUGGCUUUGGUGCUCUUUAUUGUGGAAAGACGUCAGCUCCCGAGGACAGGAAGAGUCCCUGAUUCUCAUGUCCCCUAUGUGGUGUGUGGGUGAAACUUAGGACAGCUCCCGUGGUGCCAGCUACCCCUUUACCCCAGGCCAGUGCCUUCAUGUGCCAGCCAUGCGCAAUCUCUUCCACGAGGAGUGCUCUCUCUGGCUGUGCAGGGAGAAUGAGGACUGAAACCAUUGCUUCAUGUGCCUGAAACCAGUCCAUUCGCUCAGGAACAAGAAAGGUCACAUUGCUGGGUGGGAGAAGGUUCUAUGACUGCAUUUUUCUCAAUCCCAGCACUGCCAUUAACUGAAUAUGAUUUGGUACAACUCUCUUAACCUCCCUGGGCCUUAGUUUUUGCACCUAAAAAGAAGUGAUUGGGCUGGUCAUUGAAGUUCUUCUCUGCAUAAUGUUCUUUGUUUAUCAAAAUUAAGAAGUUUAAUUUUGUAGAAGUUUUUACUCAGGCAGUAGCAAAUCAUUUAGAGCCACUGCAUGGUUUUCAAGGGAAGAAAGCUCUUUGGAGGAAGAAGCAUACUUCUUGGGUAGUAUUAGGGAUAGAAAGGUUGAUACUCUGCCAUUUUUUUUCUGAUGAUAUCCAAAGGGAAAGCAUUGGAAAGGGAGAGUGUUUGUUACAGACCAGAUUUUAAAUUGUAUAUUAAAUGAGUUUUGUUGUCAUACUCUUAGUAAAAAGCCCAGGAUGUGAUGUGUGCAUUUGGUGAGGUAUUAUCCGAGAGAUCCAGUUCUCCAUAAAUGCCUUAAACAAAUACCCAGUGCUCAUAUGCUGCAUAUAUGUUUUAAGCCUCAAUAUUGAGUGUAGUUUUGUUCUAUCUUGGUUCUUCAUCAAGACUCUGUAGACAAAAUUCUGCCUAAACUUUUCUGAAGUAUGUAGCCCUGAACAAAUUUAGGGAAAUGAAGUAAUUGAUUGUUUAAUGGGGCAUUAACAUCUUGUAGGGGAAGAGGAUGGAGGAGAGGGAAUUCCGUGGGAUUGAAAAUGAGGUGUGUUUCAGAGAAAAUAAAUUAAAAGUUCUUUGGGACUCUUUGAGUACCCAUAGAUUUGAGACUUUAAUUAUUAAUAUAUUUUUUUUGUUUAGCACAUGUGUCUUCUGUAAUAGGAUUUGUAUUAAUAAGAUGGUACCCUCGUCUGUGAUAAUUGCUGUCAUGGAGUGAGAGGCGUGGCCCCACUGUAGCAGGAUUCUUAUCUGCAAAUGGGGAGCUGUGCGGUUUUGAGUUCUAUGUAAGUCCCUUCAGUGACAUUGUAUCCAUUGAUCCCAUCAGACCAUACCUUUCUCUUUACCACACUGUCUCCAUUUGUGAACUAUGAUUAAGAGAGAGUCCUCUCUCACCAGGCUGCUGUGAAGAAUGGCUCAUGGCUGUGAAGGACUUGGUAUGAUGCAACAUUCUGUUUAGGGCGUCAAUGCGUUUUGCUUGGAUUGUUCUCAGAGACCGAUUUUCUAAGUGAUAUGACAAGGUGGAUAGAAACCUUUUCAGAAAUGUUGAAGAAAGGGCUUACUAAUGUUAGUCAAUAGUCUUCAGAUCUUCACCUGAAAAUGAGGUAACUUUGACCAUUGAUCACAUAGCAAUUAUAAAAUUUCAGAACCUGAUUGUGGACUGGCUUCUUUGUUGCUCUUAAGAGCUAGAGUCCAGUAACUAGAGUAUCAGUUGAGAUUAUUGUCAUUAUUAGUCACAGAUUGAAUGCAGUGUUGUAUGCGCUACUGAGAAGUGGAAGACAUAAGCAAAAAUGAACGUCCUUGCAUUGAGUCAAACGUUGUAGAUUACACAUAGGAGAACAAACCUAAUAUCUAUAGAACACUGUAUGAAUCUGAGCACAGCACAGACCUGAACUUGAAAUGUCCAGUGUUAUACUGUGCAUUUAAAAAAAAAACCAUUAGUGUAGCUCAUAAUUCCUGCUAAAGAUGACAAGGCAUUAGGGGACUCCAAUGGAGAGUUAGUUUUCAGUGAAUGAUAUUAUCUGAAGCAUCAUGGGUACAACUCUACAUAAAUAACAUAUGUUUUUCUUGGAAUCUUUAAAGUAUAAAAUGUAAAAGUUCACAGGCUGAGAAUAAUGGUGGUUAGUUUAUGUUUCAAAUAACUUUGCAAUCCUGAAUGUUCUGUAAAACACUUUCUUACCCUUCUUUAGGGAAUUUCUUUGUUUUCAUUUUUGUUGUUGUCAUUAGUGAUAAUCGUCUUUGCUGCAUAAUUCUAAUGUCGACCUAUAUCUUUAUUUCUUCUGAUUAUAGAAAUAAAAAUGCUUAUAAAACUUGGAAAAUUGAAUUAUGAACUAUGACUCUAGUAAGAAGACCUAGUUUUAGUCCCCAACUCUCCAGUAUACCAUCUAAAGAUGAUAUCUUGGGGGCGCCUGGGUGGCUUGGUCAGUUAAGCGUCAGACUCUUGAUUUCAGCUCAGCUCAUGAUCUCAGGGUCAUGGGAUCGAGCCCUGUGUUGGGCUCUGCUCUCAAUGGGGAGUCUGUUGGAGAUUCUCCCUCUCCCUCUCUCUCUGCCCCUCCCACUCAUGCUCCCUCUCUCUCAAAUAAAUAAAUAAAUCUUUAAACAAAAAGAAAGACAGUACCUAGGCCAAGUUAUUUGGCCCUUCUAAGCUUCAGUUUGCUCACCAAGAAAAGCUUAUUAUAUGUCCAACCGCUCGGUGAGGUUGUGAAGUGUAAAUAAGCCAGUAUUCAUACUUCGCUCGAUAAAUGCUAGCUGUAGCUGUUACAGAUCUCUGCAGUCAUCACCCUUUGUUUGUGAUGACCUUGAUUGAGAUUUGCACAGAAUUAUGUAAUGGCUAAUGAUAGUACCAGCAAUGGUACUCCAUUUAGUUCUCCAUUUAGUUAUCUGAUACCUAUUUUUUCAUUAUAAGAUAGGCAUUGUGCUGGGCACCUUAGCCGGUGUGAAUCAGACAUGGGAGAGAGGUAUGGAGGGUUCUGGGUAGGGCUUUGUGAUAUCAGGAUGGUAUUAAAGCCAGGGACUGAGGAAUGCUCAAAUUGUACUAUCUCUUCCCUCCAUGGGAUUUCUGAUGGAGUUUUACACAGAGUUCCUAACAGCAUGAUGGGAAUCACACAACCUUUUUAUAGUAGCUGUGCAAACCCAACUAAAUCCAGUGCAGUGAUUGCUGGCAAAAGCCUUUCAAGUUUGCAAUUCUCAAUCUUGGGAGGAGGCUGUGCCCAGACCAUGAGAGAGAGAGAGAGAGAGGUGACCAGGUCUGGAGGUCCUGCCCUUACAAGUAAUAAGUUUACUUAUUCACUGAAAAUCAAACAAGAAGAAAAGAGGAAGAGCCUGCUCAGGACUUCUCCUGGGAGACAAGCCCCGUUUUGCUCUUCAUAUUUAUUGAUGCAAGAAUAUGAGUGCAACGCAUGGGAGCCCACUUUUAAGUCACAGUAACCUCUCUGACUAAUAAAAUAUGGUCCAUCAAUAUCGGGGCUUAACCCAUUAAAUUAGUGACCCUGGUGGUGGGUAUUAUUAAGGAGAAGGGCACAAGGCAGAGGUGUGGGGAGGAGGAGUGACCUUCAUGAUUUUUAUCUUCUCAACUCAUUGGGCUUAACAGCCAAGCUGUAGCUGUAUCCCUAAAGGGUGUGACCAGUCAUGGUCCACAGAAACCUCCUUUCACCUUCCUGAGGCUUCUUCCGAAAUGUCCUAGAACCACUGACAUGAGCAGUUGAGCUCUCUGAAACUUCUGAAAUGAAUGAGUUGCACACUGAUUAAUGCCUCCAAGGGUGUUUUGAGCCUGAUUCUAGUAGGGGAAUGAGAAUGGAAAUUCCCUAUUGUAUUUCUCAUGCAAACCAUGGCCACAUCAUCCAACCUGGCUUACCUAGAGAAGGUUAUACAGCCAGCCCAAAUAGGCCAUUAUGGAUAUUUGGAAUUUUACUAUCACAAACUCCUUAAUUAAAAAAAAACCUGAUUGAAUAGGUAAUUAAAGAAACUUAAAGACCAUCAGGGUAGGUAGGGGGUGACAUUAAGGGUUUUGAGGCAGGGGCAAUAUCUUUUUGCAGGAGCCUUUGAAAUCAGCCUAACAUAACUUGCUUCCUUUAGAGUAAACAUGACUAUGGGCACUCAUCUAGUGGGUCACACAGGAAAAAAAAAAAGGCCAGUUUUAUUUAAAAAUGUCCUUGAUGAAGCAAUAAAAAUCAUUAAUUUUAUUAAACCUUGAUCUUUGAGUCCAUGUAUUUUUAAUAUUCUGUGUGACAAAAUGGGGAGGAUACAUGUCACUUCUAUAUACCAAAGCACAGUAGGAAUCGCAAGGAA